AACGCCUGUAAUAUAUGAAAUAUUAGUUAGAAGUGUGAUAGUGAGCAAUUUGAUCAGUAUCUUCGAUUUUUUCGAACUUUAAUAUGUUAUAAAAUGUUAUUUAAGUAAGCAGAAUAUCACAAGAGAUGUGUCGCAAAACUAAAUCUAAAUCUAACCUCAAUCCAGGAAAAACACUAGAAAAUUUGCGAUUCUCCUGCUAGAGUUAAACCGGUAAUGUUGUCGAUUAAAGGAUGAGCGUGCUAGUUCAAUAUGUGGUGGUACGAGGAGAUCUUCUGGAGACAAUGAAGUGGCCCAUCGGCGCAGUUAUAGCUCAAGCAUGCCAUGCGUGUACUGCUGUUACUCAUCUUUUUUAUAAUGACAAUUACACACAAGCCUACCUUGCCAAUUUAGAUGCUAUGCACAAAGUUGUCUUGGAAAUUCCAGAUGAGACCAGUUUAAACAAUUUAUGUUUAACAUUGACAAAUGAGAACAUUGAUCAUAAGGUCUGGAUUGAACAGCCUGAUAAUAUUCCAACGUGUUUGGCAACAAAACCUUACCCAAAGGAUAAAGUAAAAUCAUAUUUCAAGAAAUAUAAGUUACUUAAAUUGUAAAAGGAUACAAUUUUCAUUAUACAGCUACAUUAUCCUCUUUUAUAUUGUACAUCAAUUGUAAUAAAACUAAAUAGUAAUAUAAAAUAAAAUAGUAUUAAAUAUA